AUGGCGGAAAUUCCUGAGAAAAGUAAUGACAGAGCACAAUCUGAUUACAAAAAGAAACGGGAUGAUGUGAAAAAAGCACUUGAUGCAUUCUUAAACUUUGAGGAGCCGAAAAUCAAUUUUUACAAGCCAGAAAUAUUUAAUAAUUCAUCUAUUGUCACAGUUCCAAAAUCUGAGCAAAAAGUGGAACGAAAUUAUGCUAAUAAUGCAUAUAAUUUCUUGGAUGCAAACCUUUCCAGUCUCGCAAGCAUAAAUGUUUCUGGAUUAUCAUUAGAAACUACAAGACAAUCAAUUUCAGAAACAAAUCAUCGCGAUGAUUUGCCGAUAUUUGAAUACCGUGGGUCAAUUAUACAAAAUAUUGAAGAAAGUCCAAUCAUAAUCAUUCAAGGUCAAACAGGUUGUGGAAAGACAACUCAAGUUCCCCAAUACAUAUUGGAUGAUUGCAAGCAGCGAAAGCUUAAGUGUAAAAUCCUCAUAACUCAACCACGUAAAAUUGCUGCAAUCACAAAUGCAACUCGCGUCGCUCAAGAACGAAAUUCACUUUUAGGAAUAGAAGUUGGAUAUCAAGUUGGAUUAAGUAAAGUGUCUAUGCCUUCCGACAGCGAUUGUAUUCCUGAAAUUCUUUAUUGCACAACUGGAGUUGUUUUGCAAAAGUUAAUCUUUGAGAAAAGUAUGGCAAGAUAUUCUCACAUCAUUAUCGAUGAAGUUCAUCAACGUGACAUUGAAAUUGAUUUACUUCUUGUCGUUAUACGUCGCUUACUUUCAUGUAAUAGUCGCCAGACAAAAAUCAUUUUAAUGUCAGCUACGAUGGACAAACUGUCACUCAUGGAUUACUUUAAGAUUCCGUUAGAAGAUGGCGAAUUUUAUUGGCCGCCAGUCAUCAAUCUUUCGGACAAAUCAAGAAAAUAUAAAAUCAAAGAAUUCUAUCUUGACAUGCUUAUCACGUCAUCACUCGAGUCAUUACAACAUUUUGAUGAAAGGACAAUCAUUGACUACAAUGAACCAGGAAUUAAAGAAGAAAUGUAUGAAUUUGUUGUGAGAGUUAUUUCACUUAUCAACAUGGUUGAACAACAGAAUAAGAACAUGAAAAUCAUUCCACGGAUUCUUGUAUUUCUCCCCGGAAUUAAUGAGAUUGAAAUUCUUUAUUCCAAGUUGACAAGUGAAAAAAUCCAAAAACUUUUCACCAAUGAACAAAUUGUUCCUUCCAUCCACAUUCUUCAUUCGACGAUCUCAAUUGAUGAACAGAAAAAAGUCUUUGAAAACACUAAUACGUUUGAAAUAAUUUUAUCAACAAAUAUCGCAGAAUCAAGUGUCACAAUUCCCAAAAUCACUCAUGUCAUUGAUUUCUGUCUCACAAAAUAUCAAUCAGCGUCCAAUAUUGGCGGAAAAGUGUCAUCACUCACCUUGAACUGGUGUUCAAAAAAUAAUUGUGAACAACGAGCUGGUCGAACAGCUCGUAAUUGUGAUGGAAAUGUUAUCAGACUUGUUCAUAAAAACUUUUUCAUGAAUAAAAUGGAAAAAUAUCCACCACCAGAAAUGAAGCUAAUGCCACUCGAAUCAGCAGUUAUUAAAGUUAAAUUAUUGAACAUGGGCUCACCUAUAGACACAUUUGCAUUGGCUCUCGACCCUCCUAAUUUACGUGCAAUUAGUAACGCAGUUCUUCAUCUUAAAGAACUUGGUGGAUUACAACGAUUAAAUGACAGCGGUCAGUUUGAUUACUUCGAUGGCAAUCUCACUUUUCUUGGCCGUAUAAUGGGAACACUUCCAAUUGACGUCACUCUUAGUAAAUUUAUAGCUCUUGGAUAUGUGUUCAGCUGUCUUCACGAAACAAUCAUUAUCAGCGCAGGUUUGAGUUUGAAAUGUAUUUUCACGAAUCAGCAAUUGAGAGAAGAAGUUGACAAAUACGUGAAGAAACUUGAAUUCGCGAAAGGAUCGGGAAGUGAUUUAAUUGCAAUUCUAAAUGCUUACAAUGAAUGGAAACAAGGUCAUGAAGAUGGACGUUUACGAGGUGAAGAUUAUGAGAGGAAAUGGUGUAAACGUCAUAAUAUUGAUCGUAAAAAUAUUCGUGAAAUGGGAGUUUUAGUUAAAGAAAUAACAAAUCGAUUGCAAGAUAUUAACAUAAAGCCAAAUUUAGAAACAUUCCAAGACUGUCGCGAUAAAAUAUUCAUGAUUAAAAUUUGUGCUGCUGGUGCAUUUGGUGCUGGAAAUUUCUUUGUUUUGCGCGAAAAUACCAAAGAAGAUGAAAUGGAAAAUCUUAGAUUAAUGAAUAAUCAUGACGUGCUCCGAACAGUUUUCUUCACAAAAAUGGAUCGUUACCUCUUUGGAGAUGUCUACAAAGAUCAAAUUAAAGAAUUUUUCAUCAAAAACAACAUCAUUGAUAAACAAUCGGAAGUAAAAAUUUCAUUUAAUUACAAAGUAUCUGAAAAAGUUUAUGUAACAUUCGAAGACAAACAUGAGAUUAUGAUUGAAGCGCCAACUGUUGAAGAAGAUAAUAUAUUUUUGGGAAAAGUAGUUCCGGAAGUUUACAAAUCAGUCAAAUUGAAAAAAAACGAACGUAUAAAUUUUACAUUGAUGGUAAGCAAUCAAAAUGCUACAGAAAAAUAUGCUGUCGAAUGUGGAUUUGGCAAAAUGGAAGGUGAAACUUUCAUUCCGUUUAAAAAUUAUGUCAAAUAUCCCGGAUGGGUCGUAGAACCAACAAAAAACACUUCCAAAAUGCAAGGCUUUAUCACCCAUAUUGAAUCACCAAAUAAAUUUUUCUUUCGGCCUAUUAUUGCAACAUGUGAACAUGCAAAAAUCACGGAUGAUCGUUAUGGAAGAAUUUUGUCAGAAAUCAAAAGCAAAAUUGCUGGAGCUAAGAGAGUUCCAGGUUACAAACAUAUCGAAAAUGGAAGACUUGUGUUGAUUGAAAUAUCAAAUAAUAAUGAUAAUAAAACAAUCGAACGUGGCGUUGUUGUUGGUUGUACUGCUCAAGGCUCACCUUAUGUCAAUCUUCUCGAUGUCGGUAAAGUUGUAAUUGGAAAUAAAACAACAACAUUCAUGUUUGCUGACAUAAACUUUGAGAAGGAACUUCUUAAGUAUCCGUCGCGCGUCAUUAGAUGCACAUUAAAAAAUAUUCAACCAUCUUCAACGCUUUCAUCUCAAGGAAAAUGGACACAAAAGGCUAUUCAAAGUCUUAAUCAACUUGUGGGUCAACGUGUUGCAAUUUUCAUUCAUUCAGUUGUAAACGGAGUAGUAAGUGUUCGCCUUGUUUCUGCUGGAAAAGAAAAGGUGGACUGGAAUUCAAAAUUAUUGCAAGAUGGUUUCGCUGAAUACUGUCAAGAAAGUUAUUUAAGCCAAUGGGAUAAUCAAUUCCGUCGAAAUGCUCAAUUAAAUGACCAACCACAAAUGCCUGAAGUAGAAUUUGCAGAAAAGAUUGAUGAAAAUCUGGAAAGCGCAAUGCUAAACGUUUCAUCACCGCCUGGAUCACGAAAGCCUUUGAAACUUAUCGGCCCUUUUAGUCCAUUAGAAGCUGAUGUUUAUCCAAUCGUUCGUUACAAUACAAGAGUUGUUUCAGUUGAUCACAACUCUGUUAAUUCAGUGAUUUUUAAUGAUGACGAAUGUGACGGUUUGACGGGACUAAAAUUUUAUGUUGCAGCUGAUAUUACAACAGAUUCGAAGGAAAAUCGCUUGACCAUUCGAGAAACAACUUUUAUGCCGAAAACACGAGGAGUUGCUGUAAUCUUAGCUUUAAUCUUCAGUCCAACAGCUGAAAUUCGUCGUGAUGAAGAAAAAACAAAAUUUGUGUCGAUUCUUACCGGUUUGGGCUUUGAUGGCGUUCGAAAAGCGCCAUUCUAUGGUGAGCGUGAUGCUGUUUUAAAUAUUGACUUCGAUUUCAGUAUCGAAGAUGUCAUAAAAAUUAAUCAUUUGCGUGAAGCAAUGUCGGUAUUACUUCAAACCGACCCAACUACUGAUCAUCCAAAUAUUCAUCCAGAAUUCAAAGUAAACCUAAUGAAGAGAAUUCAAACAAUUCUUAAAGAUUUAUUAGAACGAAAAAGAGUAUUUUUGCCGAAUGAAAUAUCUGUGAAUCGUUAUCAAUGGAAUGUUGAAGUAAAAGACGAUGAUGAUUAUAUUACAUUACGUGAAAGUUCUGAAGGAUGUUUCGAAUUGUUUGAAGCCAUAAAAAUUCCAAAAAUUCAUGAAGUGCCAUCAAAAGAAACAUUACAAUAA